GUGUUUGUUGGGACAACAUGCGUACCACUGAUGUCACAUCCAUCAAUAGUCAGGACAAGGAUAUUUGUCACUGAGAGAACUUGGCCUCAUCUCCUGCAGAAGUCUCAAACGUUUACACACCCCCACACACUCACACAUAUGUGAGUGUGUGUACAUCUCGUUUGCAGUGUGGACCUGCCUGUGUCCAGGAAAAUGUCUACCUUACCUCCACUGCUGGUCUUCCUUCUACUAGGCCCUGGCUUGGUGGAGUGUGUGAUCCAGGUGAGUGGAUAUGUGGGUGGAUCAGCACUGAUUAGUUGCGGCUACGAGCGAGGAUAUGAACGCAACUCCAAGUACCUCUGUCCGGGUCACUGCUCACUACUUGGCAAAACUAAGGUCCCCAUAAAGACCCAAGAAGGCAUGACGAAUGCUACUGCUGGCAGACUCUCUCUCCAUGACAACAGAGCUUCUAGAAUCUUCACUGUCAACAUCUCUGGGCUGACGUGGGGCGAUGAAGGGAAGUACUGGUGUGGGGUUGAAAUAGACGCCGAGAUUGACAAGUACACAGAAGUUUAUUUGCACAUUAGGGACGCGCCGGUGGUAACCAGUGCUCCCCCGGUAACCACAGCACCAGUGGUGACCAGAAGUCCCCCGGUAACAGCAGAUCCAGCUGUGGCGUUGAGAGGGCAGUGCAAGGAGACUGAUGUAGAGUGCAUGCUGAAGUUCAUCAACAGCACUUCCACGGCAGCCACUCUGCCCCUGAAGGUGGUGUCCAGCCUGCUGGAUGUUCUGCUGGAUGCCCCAGCUGAGAGCCUGGUCAGCAGAGGGGAGGCCGUGCUGCUGUCCUCGGAGAACCUGGUGUCCAAACUGGUGGAGCCCACCCACAAUACCUCCGGCAGUCGCUUCCGCACCAACUCCACAGAGGGAGAGAUUCUGAGUAUCGGGCCAGAUGCCUCGCUGUCCGCAGUCCCUCAGCUGACCACACCCAGAGCCAGUCUGCAUAUCGAUCUGCCAGGCAUCGCUCGCAAUAACAACGGUUCGGCGUCAGUGGUCCUCAUGGUGUACAGCAGCAUGCAGGAGAUUCUCAAUGCAAGCUUCUUCAAGAUGGCGGUUGGCCAAGAAGCCACAGCCAUGUCUAGCGUCAUGUCUGUCGUGCUACCGAAUGCCUCCAACAAGACCCUGCCCAACCCAGCCAACCUCACCAUAUUCCACCCCAGAUCUGCUGGCCAUGCGGAGGAGGUGUCCUGUGUCUACUGGAACGUCACUUCCUGGAUUCAAGAUGGCUGCCACGUCAGUGCGACCAACUCCACCCACACUGUCUGCUCGUGCAAUCACCUCUCCACGUUUGCUCUCAUUGUAUCCAUCGAUCCAAAGAUGGAGAGUGAUCCUGUGGUGGAGGUUCUGAACACCAUCUUGGUGCUGAUUGGUCUGGUGUUUCUGGCCUUGGCGGGGAUGACCUUUGUCCUCUGUCGAUGGAACCCAAGGGUGUCCAACGUGGCUCGCCUGAACCUGUGCGUGUGUCUUUUCCUGGCUCACGCUCUCUUCUUGCUCACUCAAACCUUCCGCCGACGAAUCAGAUUCUACCAGACUUUUUGUAAGACCAUGGCUGGAGUCCUGCACUUCCUCUACAUGUGUUCAUUCGUCUGGAUGUCCAUAGAGGCCGUGAUGCUCUUCCUGUCUGUACGGAAGCUCAGGCAGGUCAAACCUAGCGAGAGGGCGUGGCUACACUGGAAGGUCUCCCUCCCGAUUGGCUAUGGGAUCCCGCUAAUCAUCGUGGCCGUGUCUUCUGGAGUCUGGUCUGAUGGAUAUGGCAGUGACAAGUGCUGGCUUAAGGGAGAGAGAGGGUUUCUCUGGAGUUUUCUUGGUCCGGUGUUCUUUAUCCUCACAAGCAACAUCAUACUCUUCAUCAUCAUCCUCAUCACCAUUCACGCCACCCUGAAAGACGUACGGAGCGACGUGUCAAAGGUCAAAUACACCAGAGUGCUGGUGUUCAAAGUCAUCGCCCAGUGCAUCGUGCUCGGGUGCCCCUGGAUACUGGGCAUCUUCUCGUCCUAUAGCAGCGUCCUAGAGGUCCUCUUCAUCUUCCUCAUGUCCCAGCAAGGCACCGUCAUCUUCCUCAUCCACUGCCUCCUCAACACAGAGGUGCGUCGCCAGUACCGCAGCUGGUGGCAGAAGUUCCGUCCCUAUGCCAACCUGACGACGGAAUCCAGCAGCGGCAGCGGAACAGCCUCCGUCAGCGUGACACUGCAGCCACCAAACGCCACCAGCACCUCCACCAUCUCCCCCACCACCACCACCGCCUCCCCCACCAUCUCCUUCUCCCCCACCACCACCUCCAACGCCUCCUCCACCCUCUAUAAAAUCAUCGCCACCCAUAAAGUGACCAGCACCAUCAAGCCCAGUAAAACCAAAGUGCAGUGUCGUGAGGCAGACGGGGAGGGCAAAAAUGAAUAAGCUGCGCACACAGCCGACUGUAUGCAUGCAUGCACACACACACACGAAUGCGUGCACACACUCACACACACACACAGA